UGUGUGUGUGGCUAUCCUGAUCUACUUCCUUCCUCUUCUGGUGAUGGGUUGGGCUUAUCUGGUGGUGGGACUGACUCUCUGGGCCAGUGAAAUCCCCGGAGACUCUUCUGAUCGCUACAAGGAACAGCUGACUGCCAAACGCAAGGUGGUGAAGAUGAUGAUCGUGGUGGUUUGUACGUUUGCCAACUGCUGGCUGCCCUACCACGUCUUCUUCCUGCUGCACCAGUUCUUUCCUGACAUGUUUAUCGAAAGGUUUAUCCAGCAGGUUUACCUGGCCAUCAUGUGGCUGGCUAUGAGCUCCACCAUGUACAACCCCAUCAUUUACUGCUGCCUCAACGACAGGUUUCGUGCUGGUUUUAAACAAGCAUUCCGCUUCUGCCCCUGCGUCCCGCGAGGCUCUUAUGAAGGCCUGGAACUCAAGUCCACUCGUUACCUUCAGACCCAGACAAGUGUUUUCAGGGCCAGCCGGAUGGAGACCACCGUGUCCACUGUGACCCAGGUUGGGGAUGACAUGGAGCCGCCAAGGGUCAAGGCAAUAGCAGGUCCACGGCACGGUGGAGCUGCGGUCGGGGCCAGACCACAUAGCUCCUCCUUGGACCUCACCUCCAACGGGUCAUCGCUCCAGAGCGUCUCUAAAACGGUCUCAGAGACGUCCAGUUUCUACUCUAGUAACCACUUGCAGGAAUAAACCUCAAAUGUGGUUUGCAGGACAGCAGGGAAAGAGAGUGAGUUGAUUGUUCAUUUAGUUGCCUUUGCUUGUGUGUGUUGCAAAAGUACAGCAUAAAUUUGUGAGUUAGUCUGCCAGUGACUGUGGCUGGGUUAUUGAUGACUACAUUUUCACUGGAACGGCGUGCCAGGUAAUUUGCAAGUGAGACUAAGUCCCUGUUCACUGAGCGUCAUCCUCACCCUGUAACAAGUACUCAUGCCGCUCACAGUUAAUGAUCAACUCUCAUUAGAAAGGUUUGCUCACUGCCAAAAAGUUAUGACAAGCAUAACAUGUACAGUAUGACAUGAGCAAAUUCCAGUUCAAAAGGUACAUUGCAGCAGAUGCUAGCGCCUACCAUCUUCACAGCCUUCACUUGUCACAUCAGCCUGCUCUCAGUGCAGAAGGAACGUUCACACAUCUUCAAUCGCACAAGCGGUGUGACUUCACAUAAGUCUAUUUUCGAGUGGCGCUAUAACAUUAGACCAUCAUGCUGUGAACACAGCGGCUUCUCAUUUUAACAGAGCUGUUUUCUGCAAAGACACAGAGCUAGGAGACCUCUACACCUGUAAUGGAGUAAAUCCUGGUUUUCACAGUAACUCUUUGCGCAGAAGUUGAAAAAAAACAGGCAAAUGUGUGGGUUCUGUUGAAAGGCUCUCCCAGAAGAUGAGAUAGGAGGAGAGGAGAUAGACAACAGAGCAUAGACUCUGAACUUUGCAUGUGUAUGCAUAAGCAAUCCAAUGUGCAGGAUGAGUGCCUAUCUGCCCCAAAGAGUGCUCUAAGCAAGCAUGCUGAAAAAUGAGGCUGCAUAAUUAUUCUGCCAGUUGUUCUGAUUAAUCGAUUAAUCGUUUGUUCUAUAAAAAGGCAGAAAAAAUGGCAUCCCAGUUUCUUAAAGUCCAAGAUGAGGUCUUUUGAUUUCUUGUUUUGUCAGUCUGAAGCCCAAAGAUGUUCUGUUUCUUAUGAUAUGAAACAAAAAUAGAGCAAAACAUCUCCAUACCUGACCAGAUGAAGACAGCAUUUCUGCAAUUUUUGCAUGAAUUGAUCAUUUAAAGAGUUAAUCAAUUAGCAGAGUAAUCGUUGCAGCGCCUAGCCCAGCUGUCAUCGGGCUAAACAUGGACUUCACCAGCUGGGAGCAUCGUCUCUGGAACAUAAGCGAGCUCCAAAUGCCGAAGAGGCAACGGUGAACCUCAAGGUAAAUGGGCCCAACAUGAGUCUUCAAUCCCAGAUUUAUUUUCCUGUGACUCCUCUAAACCCAAACAACCCUGGUGUGUAUCUUAGAAACCGAUCUACAAUGAAGAGCAAAUGGAACGCUCCAGUUUCCCACAGAAUGAAUACAGUUUGACAAUAAUGACCCUCCCCUCAGCCACGCGUCUGUGCAACUAGCUCCGCCUUUGUAAGACAUACAGUACAUGAUACUGGGUCGUGACACUGGGUCGUGACAAACUGUGAAAUGUUGAUGUUAAUAUCAUUACCCUUCCACCUGGCUGAAACAUGCACUCUGUGUCUGGAUCAGGGUUAUGAUAGGUCUUUUUGAAAUUUCACAGAAUUUUUUUUGAUUUCUUGAUUUCCAGUAGUUUUAGUUUGUUUUUGUUAGGGCCAGGUGUAUUGUCUCAACAUACAAAAUACACGUUGGCCAUGAUGUUUAAUGUUGAAUUUUUGCGAUUCUGCUUGAUUUUAUGGUUCUGAGGAGGCUCCAAGCAGAGCGUUCACCGUAGCCUACGUUAGUGGCUGGAAGUUUAUACUGUGCGUUGGUGUGUGUGUGUCUCGUCUCUUUAAAAGAAUAGCAGGGCCGGCAUAUAUGUGUGUGUGUGUGUGUGUGUGUGUGUGUGUGGGUGUGGUAGAGCAAGUGAGAGAGUGACGUGAUUAGCUUUGGAGUGAGUACCGACUCUAGAGACAUAUUGUGUCUCAUACAAAUAGUGAGAGAAACAAAGUGUCUCCCCUGUGCUUUCUGACCACGGUGGGAAAUCUGUAGCUAUAGAGUUCUUGAUUUCAUGUUGUUUAUGGAGGCGAACCAGGAAAUGUGUCGUGGUGAAAUGUGACGCUACCAAGCCAAGGCCGAGCGAUGUGUCGCCGCCACAUAUUGUUAGAUUUUUCCACAGCGUAGAUUAAAAUAAAUGUUUAUUCAGUUUACUAAAAAUAUACAUCCCUGCCUAUUAUCUUUUUAAUUUUAGUUUAUUAUAAUAACCCUGGUCUGGAUUUACAUUUGUUUUUACAUUUACAUCCAGUUCACCUAAUUGUCUUGAUGCCUAAUUCAUUUGUGUGCUUUUUCUUGGUAUUUUUGUGUUUCUGGAUAAAGUCAUCUCUGACCUCCUCUGCGGGUGGUUUACGUGAUCAGAUCUUCACCUCUGUCCAUUUAUUUCCAUUUUAUGUGCUGUCACUCCAAUUUUCAAUCCAGUCAUACACCCUGCAUGUUACUAUCAGGUGGAAAUGGCUUUUUAGACAUUGCAGCCUAGAGUAUGCACAGGCAGCCUGUUAGCUAUAGCUCUCUAAUGUGCAUUGAUGUGCCUUGCUGAGUAGCGUAAUGUCUGUAAAAGGGCGAGGGGAGGGGAGCAGAGAGGCAGCCCACUCUGCCGGGGUCCAGGAAAAGGUUGGUUAGGUAACAGGGGCUAUGGAAGCCCACUGGGACAAACCUCCUACAGUUGUCAACAUACACAUACAUACGUACACACACAGAAACACAUACCUACUGUAAGAAAUGACAAGCUUGGCGUGGGAUUUUAGUGGAAACAUAUUAGGCUUGUCACAAUAUUCUCAGUCAUACUAUAAGUACUACAGGGGCAAAUAUUUUAUAGUACUCUUUUCAUGGAUUUCACGUUAUAGCAUAAUAAUCAAACUUCUAUCAAGAUAUUCACUUGCUACAGUUUUAGUUGGAAGAUUCCAUGCAUAGUUUGUAAUGGUUUAAUGGAAGUCAUUUUUACUACAAAUAUCCUUGGGUGAGCAUACUAAGUAAAUCCUCGAGAUGUACAUAUUUGUUGUACAGAACAAAAAAGGCUUGACCCCACACACACACACACACACACACACACACACACACCACACAUCUACCCAAUAGCCGAGCUGCAAUUUACGCUGAAACACACAAUGCAACAGAGAAUAAAGAAUUUUAAAGUCUUAGUGAAAUAUCUAAGACUAAAAAUAUUUUUUUCCCUUAAACAGUGGAAACAAGUUUUGACAAUUCCGCUUAUUGUUUCAAGAUGGAUAUUCUUUGCAAUGUGAAUUCACAGCGCACACACACACACAGAGUAAUCACCUGUUGACACCCAUCAUUCCACACACACACACACA